AUGGUCCGAGGCAAGAAACAAUGGUUGAAACCAAGUGAUUUGAUAACUAAGAAGCUAACAGAAUGCGAGAAACAAAGAAAUAAGCGAAUCAAGGAGAACUGUGAGAUAAUGAAUAAUCUUGGAGUGAAGAAUAUUACAAAUUCUUUAGUGAGUAUGGUUCAGCCCAAAUGUGCAAAUGCAAGGGAAAACGGAAUUAGGCUUAAGGUAGAUGAUGAUGUUGAGUAUAACCCUUUAGAGAGUGAGGAUGACAAUGAUGAUGAGUCAUUGGGUUCCUUUGAUUGCAAGGAACAAGAGAUGGCACAAGGACUCCAUUUACAGUCUCAUUCAAGGCCAUUAACUCCCACCCCAGAGGAAAUGAUGGAUCCCCCAAGUCAGGAGGUCGACACCCAACCCUUACCACCUCAUAAUGUGCAACCUGAGCACGAGGUGACUGCAUCUAGCAGCGUUGCAUCACAUGACAGACGUGGUCGUGGCCCGACACGCGGCAUACAGGCCCAUCGCAUUAUCGGUAAGGAUGGGAAGAUGUUAUUUCCUAUACCUGAACAAUUUCAUUCACUAGUAGGAGAUAACGCCUUUAAGCUGGUCUCCAAGAUUGCAAAGGCUUUAGACACACAGUUUGGUCGGCGAUUGAGUGAUUUCACCUAUAAGUUGCACAAACAAUACAAGCUACUUAAGGAUGCAAGAGAAGAGGAUUACGCGAGAAGCCACCCACCUGCAAGAGUUACUCUUAAUCAGUGGAUAUCUCUAAUUGACAAGUGCAAUAGUCCAAAAUUCAAGGAACAAUCACUAGCUAAUGUGAAUAACAUGAUGCAAAUGAAAACAAAACAUCGAUGUGGAUCAAAAUCAAUCCCUGUCAGGAUAAUUGCAAACGGCAAAGUGCCCGAUUUAGCAGAAUUUUACAAGUCCAUCCACUAUAAUUCGGACACACAUGAAUGGAUUUCAUCGGAGAGCCAAGUUAAUUAUGACAGCAUGAUACAGACACAAGCAGAACACCUCUCGCAGACUAGUGCGAUCCCCUUGACCCCAGAGGAGUUGUUAGUCAAGGUGCUUAGUCCAAGGCCAGGAAACAACCUUGAAGGGAGUAUUCCUCCUCAAUUGAGUAUUUUAUCUAAACUCAAUCAACUGAGUCUUUCCAGAAAUCAUUUCUCUGGAAACAGUCCACCUUCACUUGGGAACCUCUCCGCCCUUCAGACACUCGACCUGCUGAGAGACAAUCUUCAUGGCAGCAUUCCAAGUGAGCUUGGACAACUCUCAAAUUUACAAUACUUCCAGUUAUCUUUGAAUACACUAUCUGGUAUGGCUCCUGCCCAGCUUUGCAACAUCUCCUCCGUCCAAGUUUUCGAUGUAAGAAACAACUCCUUGGGUGGAAGUUUUCCAUCCAAUUUAGGCCUGAACCUUCCGAAACUACAAUCGCUCUUAACUAGUGUAAAUAAAUUCUUUGGAAAUCAUUUCUCUGGAAACAUUCCACCUUCACUUGGAAACCUCUCUGCUCUUCAAAUUCUUGACCUUGCACACAACAACCUUCACAGAACCAUUCCUAUCGAGCUUGGACACCUCUCAAAUUUAUAUGCAUUCCAAUUGUCUUCGAAUAAUCUCUCUGGUAUGGUUCCUGAUCAGCUCUACAGCAUCUCCACCAUCCAAAUUUUCUCGGUCACAAACAACUCAUUGAGUGGAAAUUUUCCAUCCAAUUUAGGCCUCACCCUUCCGAAACUCCAAUUGUUCUUAGCUGAUAAAAAUCAAUUCUUUGGGUCCAUUCCAGCAUCACUAGCCAAUGCUUCAGGCCUUGCCGAAAUAAGUAUUGGAGACAAUGCUUUGAUCGGGCCAAUACCGUUGAAUUUAGGAAGCCUUCAAUAUCUGCAAGUUUUACAUAUUGCCGGUAACCCACUUGGAACUGAUAAGGCCAAUGAUAUCAGCUUCCUAACCACCUUGAUUAAUUGUACCAAUCUAAGAGUACUGAGUUUAUCUAAUAUUCAGAUUGGUGGAAAUUUACCCAAUUCGAUCGGAAAUCUCUCCAGCACCCUCACAUGGGUAUGGUUGGAUGAGAACUACAUAUCUGGAAACAUACCUCAAGAGAUUACAGAGCUUGUUGGCUUAUCUUACAUCACUAUAGAUACAAACAUGCUCACAGGUAGCAUUCCAGAUUCAGUUGGCAAACUUACCAAUUUACAAAAAUUCUACCUUUUCAUAAAUAACAUCUCCGGGGAAAUUCUAUACUCUAUUGGCAACAUCACUGGAUUAGUUUCUCUUAUUUUAGAAGAAAAUAUGCUUGAGGGAAGCAUACCUGUUUCUUUGGGUUAUUGCAGUAACUUGGAAGGACUCCAUCUUGCACGAAAUCGCCUCACUGGUGGCAUACCUGGAGAAGUCAUUGGUCUUUCUUCCCUCUUUCUCGGUUUCAUCGUACGUGAGAACUAUUUAACAGGACCAUUGCCAUUAGAAGUGGGUAAGUCAGACAAGCUCACAGUAUUGGAUAUUUCAGAAAACAAAUUGUCUGGUGAAAUCCCAAGUACUCUUGGGAACUGUUUGAUGUUAGACUCCCUGGAAAUGGAAGGAGUAUGUGUUUGUGCUGUUAUUUAUCGAUUUAGAAAUUCCAAACAACAACCCUCUUCAUCCUCAACCGAGAAGAACCAAUAUCCACAACUUUCUUAUGCAGAACUACAUCAAUCUACCAAUGGAUUUUCUUCAGACAACUUGAUUGGAAAGGGAAGAUAUGGUUCUGUUUAUAAGGGGAUCCUCAAUUCUGAUGAGCAAACUGUUGCUGUGAAAGUACUCAACCUUCAAGAAAGUGGAGCAUACAAGAGCUUUUUGGCAGAAUGUGAAGCAUUAGGAAACCUUCGUCAUCGGAAUCUGGUCAAGGUCAUCACCUCUUGCUCAAGUGUAGAUUUUAAAGGCAAUGAUUUCAAAGCUUUAGUCUUUGAGUUCAUGCAAAAUGGGAGUUUAGAAAGUUGGUUAUAUCCAAGUUCACUUGAGCAGAAUGACACAGAGAACUUGAACCUAACCCAAAGGCUAAACAUGGCAAUCGACGUGGCCUUGGCAUUGGAAUAUCUUCAUCAUCAUUAUGAUAUACCAAUCGCUCAUUGUGAUUUGAAGCUGAGCAAUGUUCUUCUUGACAACAAUCUCUCUGCCCGUGUAGGUGAUUUUGGCCUAGCAAAAUUUUUAGCUACCACAGGAGACUCCAACUAUGCACAAAGCAGUUCAAUUGGGAUUAGAGGAACAGUUGGGUACAUUGCUCCAGAAUACGGUAUGGGUGGAGACAUAUCUACACAAGGUGAUUUGUACAGCUAUGGAAUCCUCUUACUGGAAUUGUUUACAGGAAAAAGACCAACCAACAACAUGUUUAGAAACAAUUUCAACCUCCAACCUCCAUAGCUAUGCUAAGAUGGCUCUCCUGCGUCGAGUGAUGGAAAUUGUUGAUCCACAAAUCAUAAUGGAAGAGAAAGACGCAUCUAGUAGGAUCAGCCAAAAUACUGAAGGCAAUGUAACCCAGGAAUGCUUGGCAUCAAUACUUCAAAUUGGAGUUGCUUGUUCCGCUGAAGGCCCAAAAGAGCGGAUGGAUAUUAAAGAUGUUCUCAAGGAACUACAACGGAUUAGAAAUGUAAUUGUCCAAGUUUAAAGAGAGGGCGAGGAAAGGAAGAAGAGACAAAUAUAAAGAAUAAUUCUUAGUUGAAGACACAUCUAUCUAUGUCAUGUUUAUUUGAAAUAGUAUGGCACUAUGGAUGUAUUUAUAAAUAUGAUUUGCUAUAUAAGCUUUGUUAAUCGCA